GCGGCACACACCCACUGGUGGAAAGGGGCCAACGGGGUACUGCCCCCCGGCUCCACUCCGGGAAAUUCCCCGGCAGCUCCCGGUAGGGAAUAAAAACAGGAGAGGGAAAGGGGGCCACCUCGCCGGCUCCUGCACCCUCUCCGUCGCCAGCACUAGCCAUGAACCCGCACCUCCGCCUCCUCCUCCUCCUGGCCGCCGCCGCUCUUUGCCAGGGCGCGCCGCUCGCCGGCGAGCUGCGCUGCCGCUGCGUGCGGACCGUGUCCGAGAUGAUCCCGCCGCGGCGCCUGGCCCGCCUGGAGUUCCUCGCCGAGGGACCGCACUGCGCUGUGCCCGAGGUCAUAGCCACGACGAAGCAGGGACAGAUGAUCUGCCUGGACCCCGUCGCUCCCUGGGUCAAGCUCCUGGUCACCAGGAUCCUCCGCAGUUCACCCAACGCGCUGUGAGUGAGGGAAGGAACACCUCAGAAUGAAGUUACCUGUUCGCCACAAGAUCCCAGGAAACAGAUGCUAUGAGAACACAAUAGCUCAACUCUCUAGUGCUGAUGGGUUUGUAGAUCAGGUGUUGCAUGUUUCAUUCUCUCUCCUAUUUGUUAUUGCCCAAUCCUAUGCAUGGUUGUAUUGACUGAGAUAAAGUGAUCGAAUCAUCUGAUAAGACAGUGGAAGCUUUGCUGGACACCUCUCAGCAACCUUCUCAGAACUUGCUCCACCUUUGUGCAAACUCCUUCCUGCCAAAUUCUGUUUGCCAGUAUGUUCCUAUAAAACAGCAUGAAUAUCUGAAAAGAAGAUGGGCCCAUCCUGAAGAUGAUGAAUGGAUUGUGCCGAUGUUUGGGGGUAACCCUUCCAUCAGGAAUAAUGAGAGUGCUGGCUGUCACUUAACAUUUCAGUGCCUGUCCAGGAUUACACGGGAAUAAAACCUGGUUCAGGCAAGAAUGUUUUGCUGAAUCUCUUUUUCUUACUCCAACUCUCCAGCCUCUAAUGCAGAAUACCUCGGACCCUUUUGCACAAUGUAAUGUCCAAUGAAAUCACAAAUUUUGCCCCUGAAGUCUUUUUGCCCCUAUUCAAUACCUAGAAGGGUUUAAUAAUUUCUAUGAAAUUGUGGGGGUUUGUGCCAUGACUGGUUUGGUUUUUAACCAGAUAAUGUUGAGGUUGGUUAUUUGUUGGUUUUUAAAUGAGUUUACAUUACAAGAUUUGGUAUUUGUGCACAAGAUGUAAAGGAACAGUAAAUGUUCUGGAGAGACUUAGACAUUUUUUGUCUACUUGUAUGACAUAGUGUCAUAACUCAUAAAGAAUUACUAAUUUUCAUUAUUCUGCUUUGGAAAAUUGUAUGCAAAGAGGUGGAUUUCUCAUGAUAAUGUAAUGAAAUAUACGAUGCAAUAAAAAUGUUUUCCUGUCGAAAAACA